AUGGGUAAAAUCAGGCCUAGCAUAAGGAAACAAGAUUAUAUUGAGUACGAUUUUGCCACCAUGCAGAACUUGAAUGGUGGUUAUAUCAACCCUAAGGACAAGCUUCCAAAUCCUGGGUUUGCCGACGACCAAGAGGCUGAAUCUGAGUUUGGAUCUAAAAAGCAAAAGACAUUACAAGACUGGAAAAGAGAGCAACUUGAACGUAAAAUGCUGUACGAAAAUGCUCCACCCCCGGAGCAUAUUUCAAAGGCGCCGAAAUGUAUUGAAUGCCAUAUUAAUAUUGAGAUGGAUCCUAUACUACACGACGUCUUCAAGUUACAAGUUUGUAAACAGUGUGCCAAAGAACAUCCAGAAAAGUAUGCACUACUAACGAAAACAGAAUGUAGGGAAGAUUACUUUUUAACAGACCCUGAAUUGAAUGAUGAGGAUCUCUUCCGUAGACUAGAAAAGCCGAACCCUCACUCGGGUACAUUUGCGAGAAUGCAAUUAUUUGUUAGGUGUGAAGUGGAGGCCUUUGCAUUCAAGAAAUGGGGCGGAGAAGAAGGCUUAGAUAAGGAAUGGCAACGUCGUGAAGAAGGAAAAGCCCAUAGAAGGGAGAAAAAAUACGAAAAGAAAAUCAAGGAAAUGCGACUGAAAACAAGGGCUCAAGAAUAUACUAAUAGAUUAAGAGAGAAAAAGCAUGGUAAAGCGCACAUUCAUCAUUUUAGUGCCCCAAUUGAUGGAGGGAUUGAUGAAGACGGUUAUCAGGUUCAAAGACGAAGAUGUACAGACUGCGGGCUAGAAACUGAAGAGAUUGACAUUUAA